AUGACACCGAUACUGAUCUGUUACUUCUCUGAAAGACUAACACCAGUACAGCACAUAUAUCGACAUUCCAAGCAGUUCUCCAAGGGGAAAAAGAAGAAGCUUACUCCCAUCGACGAACUCGCUCUCUCAGAGACCCUCAAGCUGAUGUUUAAUAUUACAAACUACUACCCUCAUCAAGUUGCAGCAUUCUCGCCGUCAAUACCCCACAUACUCAAAAUUUUAAGUCGCAUUGAGAUACCAACUCCACCGCUGCAGGCUCCAGUCAACUAUCUGGUCAACUCAUUGCUUAACUUAGAUCUCGCGGCGGAGAAAAGCAAGCCAUUCAGCACUAAUCCACUCUUCCCAAAAUUUGACCAGAACUGCAAUGUGGAUAAACUGAUUAAUAUCCUUGACCAGGCGGUAGCCAUGCAUAAGCCAUCUGAUCUAGAGACUCUCGCAGUUCCACUACUCACUCUCCUGAGGAAGAUAUACUCGUUUGCCCCGGAAGGCCCGAGAAAAUACAUGGAAUGGCUUCUACUUCCUGAAGAUAACGAUCGUGAUCUACCUAUAGGGCAAUCCAAUACACUCUCAUCCCGCUUACUACGGUUAUCAACAUCUCCCGUAGCGCCUAGCCUGCGAGACGGCAUUUCUGCACUCAUGUUCGAGUUAUCCGGAAGCAAUGCCAGUGAAUUUGUGAGGAAUGUAGGGUACGGUUUUGCUGCCGGCUUCCUCAUGUCUCAUGAUAUGGCUAUCCCUGAAAGUGCAAAGGAAGCCUACAGCUCCAAAGGUAACAAGGAACUUAAUUCGGCCAUCAAUCCGAUUACUGGUCAACGUUUCGAUGCUGAGCCUGUGGACAAUGGGCCUGAGAUGACUGAGGAAGAGAAGGAGCGAGAAGCUGAGAGACUCUUUGUGCUUUUUGAGAGGUACUGUCUCCUAGAUUCCAAAACUCUUUUGACUAUAACACCGUUUGAUUAUGGAACUGAUGGGAUUGCCGUUGCUGACUAUCCUACCUUCUUACAGGCUACGUGCUACAGGAGUUGUUAA